CAUUUGCAGCAUUUGUGUUUGAGUUCGUGGGAACAUUCGCGUUGCGAAGAUUUGCGAUGACAAUGCGAAGCUUUGUGAUCAGCUUGUUGGUACCUUUAGUGUGUGGGACGUGCCUUGACGGUGGCAUCCCACCCUCUGAGCGGAAGAACCUGGACAAUCCGAAUGGUGAUUCCUAUCCUGUUGGCAUCUUUGUUCCGGAUUGGGCUGCAUCAUGGGCAGCCAAUACUCUGGUGGCAACAAUCGUGGAGGAGACCUUUGGCUACAACGUGAGCCUUGUGAAGGGCACCGGAACGGUGAGUGGCUACUAUGCCGUCAGCGGCUGCCUAGAUCCCACCGCGGUAGGCGAUCCUGGCUGUGGCUCAGGAAAUGUCACCAAACAUCACAUCGUGAUGGAGGCUUGGACGCUUGGCUACCCUUUGGUGUGGGAGACGCUGCAGAGCGAAUAUCCAGGUGUUGCAGCAAAGAACUUGGGAAACAUGGGAUAUGAGGGUAUCACCUCGACCUUCAUUCCGAAGCCCGUGCAACAGAAAGCAUACCAGGCGGAAGGAAUCGCCUUGCAAUACUUCAAGUACUGGAAUGCUUCUUGGUACCAGCCUUCCAAAUACUUUGAAUCUAUCUCAGUGAUUCCCUCUGGGUUGACCAAACUUUGCAGCGACUCCACGUCUGUGAUGACUGAUGAUGCAACUAUGAGGAGGCACAUCGUCUUCACAGGAGAUGUUGAUGGCUUGGUCUAUGACAGCACUUCUGAUUCAUAUUCAGCCCGCUGUGAUGAUGGUCAUUGGUGGCUUUCACCUUCUUGCCGAUCGAACUCUACACUUUGCGUUCCCUUCAUCACUGGGGGUGUUGGUUGGGGCAUUGAAGAGCUGAUGCAGAAAUCGACCAAAUGGAACAUGCCCAUGGCCCUUGGUGUGGCAGCAUCCUGGAGCGCUUACACGGAGUUUCCCUUUCUGCAUCCAAAAUCUCACUUCUAUUGGUGGAUCCCAGAUCCAACCUUUCUGGAGUUGGAGCCACUUCAGGUGAUCUAUCCACCGCAUAACAAAAGAGUUUUCGAACGUGGUGAUUUGUCGACCGCAACAAUAGGCGUUUCGGUUGACAAGCAUGUCAGCCGAGACUUGAGCAUUUUGGCGCCCAAUGUGGAGAAUUUUGUGAGCAACAUUUUUGUGACCAUGGCGCAAAUGAAUGCGAUUCUCCUUGAUCAAAAAAAUACAUCUGAUAGCUGGAGAGAGACAACAUGCCGUUGGCUGCGUUCAAAUAAGAAUGUCUGGCAGUCCUGGAUCCCUGAUGAGAGUCAAUGCUUCCCGGGCUUUGGGCUUUAUGACACAGGUCUUGAUGACUUCAUAGAUCAUCGGGUGAAUGCCUCAAGCAAGAUCGUGUGUCAGGCUUGCCCCUCGGGUACCUUCUCACAGCUCUUGGAAGAUUCCAUUGGCGAGACCUACAUCUGUGUACCAUGUGCCAAAGGAAGAAGCCAACCUCUUGGCGCGGCCACAUCGUGCAAUCUUUGCAAAUCAGGCGAGUAUCAGGAUGAGAUUGGGAGCAAAACUUGCAAGCGCUGUGAAAUUGGCCUCUACCAGGACGAACUGGGAGCUGAAAUGUGCAAGAGCUGCCCAGCUUCCACGACCACCCUGGGUUUAGGAUCGGUUGGCCAAAAGGAUUGCGGUUGCAGGGAAAACAACAUCAACAUCGAUGUGUCAGGCUCCUACAAUUGCGUGCCAUGCAGCGAAGGUUUGACAUGUCCGCUGAAGUCCACGCUCGCUGACUUGGAAAGCGGCGAAAGCUAUCUCGGCCAGCAGUACACCCCGAAGGUGCAGGAAGGAUACUUCAGCACAGUGUUGGCGCCAACCGAGGUAUAUCGAUGCGGAACUGUUGCGGCCUGCCCUGGUGGCAAGCCUGGCUCAUGCAGUGGAGGGCUCACGAACACACCCUGCGCACAAUGCCGUCCAGGUGCUACCUGGACUGGAAAGCAGUGUGAAGCGUGUGAAGGUUGGCGCCAAGUCCUUUGGGCCAUGGCCGUGGUCGGCGUGUUUGUCGUCCUGGUUCUCUUGUACUACUUAACCUCGAGCAAGGUUACAGCUAAAGCGACCGUGCUGUUUGCCACCACUGCAUCAUUUGGUAUGCUCGUGAUGUCCAUGCAAAACUUGGGGCUCAUUGGUAUGAUGACCAUUGACUGGCCUGUAGAUCUCAAGGGAAUCUUCAGCGUUUGCCAAUUCCUCCUGCUUGACAUUGACAGCUAUGGAUUCAGCUGCAUUGCAGGCUCGGUCGCGCCGAUCCGAUACCUUCUCAGUGCAUUGAUCUUUCCUGUUGGUGUGGCUUGGUUGGGUCUUUGCUAUUUACUUUCUAAACUCCUGCCGGCAAAUCGCCGCUGGAAUGGAUCCAAGACAGUCAGUACUUGCGGAGCUUUUCUUCAAGUCGGCUUUUCCACCAUGUCAGCAACAUCGCUUGCUCCAAUGAUGUGCUACAAGCACCCGAAUGGCUUGAGAAGCGUCUUGAAGUAUCCGGACAUCAUUUGCGGAUCUGACGAGCACACAGCUAUGCUUGUCAUUGGUUGGAUUCUGCUUAUCGUCUUUGUGCUGGGCUUUGUCACGUUGUGCACCUUUGCAGUCUAUAAAGUGCCAACGUGGAGUGCUAGCCGCAAAGAUUAUUUGGUGGCAGGGGUUCGCUUCUUGGUGUUCAGAUUCCGGCUCGAUUCUUGGUGGUUUGGAGUGCCUUUGCUGGUACGAGGGCCUUUGCUCUCUUUGCCCGUGGUUUUGGCCACUGACUAUCCACCAAUCCAAGUUAUCGCUAUUGCCAUGGUCAUGGCCGGCUUGCUGGUUCUGCAGAUGCUCUUCUGGCCGUGGAAGGUGCCCAUGCUGAACUUGACGGACUGCACUGUCACCUUCUGUAUCACUCUGCUGGUCACCACAUCCAGUUUGCACCUCAAGAUUGUUGAAGGACCAAUGAUGCACUUCGCUGAGGGUGUCUCAACAGCAAUGUUGAGUGGCAUUGGCAUUGCACUUGGCAUCAUGUGCUUGAUGACGGGAAGCGCUUUGAUCUAUCGCUCUGCGCUGGGAGGGAAGAAGGAGCUUCGAAUGUUCAACCUGGGGGCGGUUCCCACCUCUGCCAAGCUGGCCAAACGGAUGAAGGAGAUGUCUCUGGUUUUGGAGCGAAUGGAGACGGAGGAGCUUUCCACUGCGCUUGCAGCUUUGGCCAUCUUCGACAUGAACAAAGUGACCAUGGCCGUUACUCUCUUGGCCACUGAGGUGGCACCACCUGCAGAGGACGCUGUGACGUACAAGUUCAAUCCGCGCAUCAACUCGUCUUCCUUCGACCCGGCCCUCACCAAGAGCAAGCGAUCCUUGCGCUCAAGCUCAUCCGAUUUGCAGGCCAAGCCGGUGCAGGAGCCGAAGCAGUCACAGGCUGAUGUUUUGCAGGAUAACAACGAGCCGCAGGAGUCGUCUGCGCGUGACUCGCGCGGCCGCGAAGAGGUCACCGAGUCGUCGUGGCUCUGAGUGCGGCGGCUGUGCUGCACGAGGAUGUUUGGAGCCGCUGGUUUUCUGGUUGGUUCAACAGCGCUUUUUUGUUUUUUGCUGGGUGUUCGGGUGACUAACUUGAGAAAAAACUUCUGGUUUUCUGUUGUGCACAUAGGUACAAGUCUAGAGUGGUGCAAAAGAGUCACAGACCAGGGUGACUGACCUGGUGGAGAGGAGUGAAGACUGGUGUAGAAAGAGUCCAGCUGAUUUAAUGUCAUACAAGGCUGGGGAAAAUUGAGUUGGCGUGUGUAUUUUUCUCCACCUCAGAUCAAUCUCAUCCCCUCAACUCUCCAAACUCUUGGCAGCCAGGUAUUGAAUGGAAGAGCUCAGUGCAGCCUAAAGGCGGCCGUUUUGAAAGCUCGCCAGAGUACACGGAGCAGGGCGCAUGGUUUGUCUUAGGAAGUCUGGCACAGUUUGCGAUCAUCCAAGGUCCGACGUGUUUCAGAAAGGGUGCG